CCGGAUUGGUGUGGGGCGGCCUCGGGUCAGCCCUAGGAGGUGGGUCUGCCGUGGAGAGAGAAGGAAGCAUUGCGAAAACUUGGCUCAAUGUGGUGGCGUCAAGAUCAACAGCGGACUCUGUUAUCACCUGUUCGACUAUCAACGCCUCAGUAUCAUCGGGGAUUAUGAACACUGUCAGCGUUACACUGAGGGUGAACUUGCCUCCCUUAAGGGUAACGCUGGAGUCUCCCGGAGAUUGGGUAAGCGGGGGACAACAAACUAGCUUCGUCUGCAGAGUCUCAGGUGCUAGUCCGGAACCUGUGAUUCAGUGGUGGCUAGCAGGUCGACAGCUCACGUCCCAUCUACCAACUGUGACGACCUUGGCUGGGAAUGUGAGUGAGAGCAAACUGAAGCUAACGCCAGAGCCAGGAGACCACGGUGUUCCCCUCGUUUGCAAGGCUUUUAGUCCAAAUCUUCCGGGAACAGUCAUGCAUCAGCAAAUUACUCUGGCAGUACACUUUGUACCAGUGGCGACCCUGAGCAUAGCAGGAGGAGGAGGGGGAGGGGUGCGGGAAGGAGGCUCUGUCACCUUCACCUGCCACGUUAAAGCUAAUCCGAGAGUAUAUAACGUCACCUGGUUCCAUAACGGUCGACCUUUAAGGCGACUCGACUGGGCUGCGCAGGUGAGCAAUACGACCUUACGGCUGUCCAACGUCACGGCUGAUAUGCGUGGUCUCUAUACAUGCGUGGCCAGCAAUGUGGAAGGAGACGGACAGAGCAACGCCGUUAACCUCAAUGUAGAAUUCGCGCCCUUGUGUGAGAGGAACCAAAGGCAUGAUUAUGUGGUGACAAAAGGAGGGGGAAUCACCAUAUCUUGUAGUGUUCAGGCCUUCCCUACCGCCGUCACUUUCACUUGGGCGCUCAAGAAAAAUGAUGAGAGUCCCCCAGUGAGGCUCCACAGCGUAGGUCGAGAGGAAGGACUCACAGGACGUUAUACACUCAGUCGUCUGGAGGAGGAGAACGUCGAGGUCUGGUGCUUCGCUAAGAACGCCGUCGGGAAGCAGAUCGCGCCGUGUAAAUUCACCGUUUAUACACAAGGUCGACCAGGCCCCGUCAGCGACUGCAGCGUCAGCAACCACACAGCUUGGGGCUUCGAGGUGCGCUGUCUCUCCGGGCCCUUGAGGAGCAUGAACACCGAAUUCACGCUUCUGGUUUAUGCUCAAAAACAGGACAGGUCUUCAGGUGCAGGUGGCCAGAAGCAACAACAGCAGCAGCAGCAACAACAACAACAACAACAACAACAACAACAGCAACAGCACGAAGUAGGGGCGCCGACACCGACGUUGGGACAGCUGGUGCGAAACCUCACUACCAACUCUCCUUUCUUCGUUGUGGGCGGUCUUCAAGCAGGACAGGAGUUUGCUCUGGUAGUUCGGGUCUCCAACGAAGAAGGCGUAAGUCCCCCUGUGGUUCUGAGUGCCUUCACCCUUAAGGACAACGCACAGACGGUCAUAGGCAUGCCCUCUGGCGGGGGACGCUCGGGCACCAGCAGCGGGGGAGGCGAGGGCAGCUUGGCCGGUGGGUCGUCGCCUGGUGGCAGCGGUGGGCCGAGCGGCACAGGGAGCGCUAGUGGCAGUAGCGGGGGAGGUGGAGGCAGUGGAGACGCGGGCGGAAGUACGCAGGAAGGUGGAGUGGCUGGCCGGCUGGGUGCCCUCAUACCCCCCAUGAUCAUUGUGCUCGUGGCGUCCGUGGGAGGAAUCAUCAUCGUCGCUGUACUCAUCAUUCUCCUGUUGAAGAGAAGGGGGCGGAACAGGCGUCUCGAGAGGGAGAUGGAGCAGGUCAAACUGAACGAAGAAAUGGUGUUUGUGCAGACGAGGACACCCGACACCACCACGUCCCGCGAGACCCCAGAGAUGCUUUGGCCAACAUCAUUGUACAUCUUCUAUUAA